ACGCCAGCUGAGUGAGCCAAGCACUCUGCAUCACAUUUUAUUUAUUUAACUCUUUGUCUCUGGAGCCCGGCAGAGCUGUGCGUCUUACACUCUAACCAGGGUGCUUUCUUUCCUUUUAAGAAAAGCGUUUUUUUUUAUAGUUAAGUAUAUGAAGAAGCGGGCUGGCAGGGAAGGUGUUACACAUCUGGAUCAUACCAACGCGUCGGCUCUGCUCGGGCCACUAUACAGACAUGAGGAGCCCUCACUCCGCUGCGCAUCAGUGAUGAACACACCACAGCACUGGCACGCUUGAUCGUUGCAUAAACCCAGAUGCCUCCCCUCCCUCUUGAUGAGCGCAUAGUGGUCAUUCAGCGCCCUAAAAACUUAGUCCUGUGUGAGUCCUCCCCGCAGAGCAUCCCUCAGCACGCCUCUCAACUAUCAGCCUCUACCAAUGGACAAGUGGCCCACCCUCCUCACCUCCACCCCUCUCAGUCCCAUUUCUACUCGCCCUCAUGUAAAGCUCUGACUCUGGAAUGCAAGCGCAGAUCAACUCGCGUGCAGAAAUUCAAGGGCGACCAGCCUGCAGUCCCAGCCGGUGUCAGACAUAACCCUAGCCACUGCCACAGCAAUGGCACAGUAACUCUUGGCCCACGGCUGCCCUCCCACACACAUACUAUUGAUAUCAGGGUGACAGUGGACAAAGGUGGACGGGGAGGAGGAUAUAGCAACUCGUUAGGGCGCAGUGGAACAGUAAAGGGUAACAGAGGGAAAUGCGUCACUUCACACUGGGAUCAAGGGCAGUGUGAGAGAACUGCUGGUAAGCCAGGUGGAGCAGAACACAAGGCACAGCGAAGUAACCAUAGUCUGCUUCCGUCUACCCCUGGAGGAGUCCUACAGUUUGUCCCAGCUCAGGCUCACAGAUUCAGGAGUGAAAAAGAAAAAGAAAACGCUAGUUUCCUCAACAGGGGCGACCAGGAGUUUCACUCUCAAGGUCACAAGAAAAAUUCCAAACUGGGAACUGCCCAUCAAAGCCAUAACAGUCACACUCUGCCCUAUCACCAAAACUCCGUCCCUGUGCCCCAUGCCGCCAUCCUAAACUCCAACUAUCCCUCAUCCCCUCCCUCCCAACCUGCCCAUGUCCCUGUCUCAUUCCAGCAACUCGGCCACCCCCACCUGUCCCACAGGAGGGAUCACCGCCCUCACAUCCUGCAUGGUCUACCCAUUUCCCCCUGCUCCUCCCACGCUGGAGGCUUCCCCAGCCCUGACCAUACUUGCACUAUCGACUGCACCCAUCCUUUCAGUUGUGGCUGCUGGCGGCUGGUAAGAUGCAGAGGGUAUAAGGGUCACUCGGCUAGCUGUCAGGGAGGUGGAGGAAGCUCUUCCACCUCAUUUUCCUGUGGUCACAAUGUCGGAGCAGUGAAAAGAGGAGGCAAAGAAAUGGGCCUUAGAAAUCUCGGGGGGUGUCUCUCCAACGCCUCCACCUCCAACACGUCUUCUUCUAACAGCACGGUGUCUGACUGCCGAGCAGGCCUCUUCAAACCUCUCCGUUGUGCCUCCUGCUCUGGUGAGGCCAGAAACUUCGAGAGUCCUGCUAUCCUACGCAAAAAACUGGUUGGAGGAUGUCUACCCUGUACCCCGUUGUCCUCUUCAGCCCCUCUCCGUGCCAUUCAGAGCUGUGUCACGGGCUGCAACCCCAAAGCCUCUCAGACAGGCAGCUCCACCUGCAGCUAUUGCAGCAGCGACCCCAUCGUGGUGACGUUCAACCCUCGGCGAGGCAAGCCCCCAGGAAGAGGCGUCGGAGGAGCUCAACGAAUGGGUAUGUUCCAAGCUGAUGAUGAUGACUAUAGCGUGCGUACUAUCUGGCCUGAAGAGCUGGCCAAGAAGAUGACCCACUCUAAAGCCCAGAAGAAUCACUGUGCUGGAAUGGGAGUCGGCGUUGGGAAGACCUGCUCCAGCCAGGCACAAAAUGGCAGCAACGGAGCAGGCCUCGUCCUGCUGGACUGUCAAAACCUCCAGGAAUAUCCGCAGUCUCAGCUAAUCGACCACGCUGGCAGACGGCGCCUUCAGCAGGGAAAAAUGGCCGCCCUCGACUUUGUGAAUCGCAGGUCAGGAUCAGGGUACGACGAAGGCAGAAACUCGCUCAAGCGGCUCUUGAAUAAAGCUGAAGAUUUAGGAAUGGGGGACAGUCACGAGCAAGACGGCGAUGCAGCAUAUCCACGUUCCCCCUCUCCUCGCUCUGCCUCCCCGCCUUCACCUGUGUCCUUUUCGCCUCCACCAUCAGCCCCAAGCACACUCAUCAAACCGAAACCUUGGCAGAGAGACAGGGAGGGAGGACACUCGCUGCCAACGGCUCAGUCUCUUCACCUGGCCCUCAACUCCUUGAACAGAGAGCAAGAUGAGGAGAACAGCAGAAUGCACUUGUCUCUGCCGCUCUCCUCGUCGUUGCCAGCUUCUCUGUCUGACGAGAGUUUGAUGACUCCCGACGCAGAGAACGCCGUGGUUAGUGCCAUCCUACCCUUCCUGUUUCUGGGGAACGAGAGGGACGCCCAGGACCUGGACCUGCUGAUGCGCCUCAACAUCGGCUACGUGGUUAAUGUGACUACUCACCUGCCCCUCUAUCACGUCAACUCUGGACUUCGCUACAAACGGCUGCCUGCCACUGACAACAGCAAGCAAAACCUUCGACAGUACUUUGAGGAGGUUUUUGAGUUCAUUGAGGAGGCAUAUCAGAGUGGACAGGGAGUGCUGGUGCACUGCCAGGCCGGCGUGUCCCGUUCUGCAACCAUCGUCAUCGCCUACCUUAUGAAGCACACCCUCAUGACAAUGACAGAUGCCUACAAAUACGUGCGAAGCCGGCGCCCAGUGGUGUCCCCCAAUCUCAACUUCAUGGGCCAGCUCUUGGAGUUCGAGAGGGACCUCAACUCGGGCGUGACUCCUCGGAUCCUGAUGCCUAAACUUAAUGGCGUCGAGACGCAGGUGCAUGUAUCAGUCCUGUACAGAAUGAAAGGAGACACCCCAGUGAACAGCACCAUGAGUGUCGGUCAGGCAAGGAAGCUGGUGGAGCAACUGAAGAUAGAGGCUAGUUUCUGCAGGAUAAAGGUAUCAAAGGCCGCAGCCGACCUGAUGGCGUACUGCGACGCACACUCCUGUGAUGACCCCCUGAUCACCCCCGUGCCCACCUCAGAGAACCCUUUCAGGGAGAAGAAAUUCUUCUGCGCUCUGCUUUGAGACCAAUCAGGGAUUGUUGUGAUUUCAAGUACAGCUGUACAGUGUGUACAUGUAUGUACAGUGUGUACAUGUACUUCCAAUUCAAAUAAGACGUCCAUGUACUAUAGUAACCUUGCAUAAAAGCUGCCGAUGUACAGUAGAUCAUCAAUUACAACAAAACGUCUAGAUCCAAAUUCUUGAAGUGCUAGCGUCUGUCUCAGAGUUAGAGGGAUAGAGCAAAAAACAGCGUAGGGAUUUGAAACAAAACCUUAACAUUUAAUCAAAUAAAGACUCCAAGUAUCCAAAAGAUAUUUAAAAAAAACAGCUUUCAUGAUACAUACAUUUCAUGCUCAUUUAUAUAUUAUAGGUAACUGCCAGAAAGGAAUAGCUUGAGCAUCAUCAAGUGUCUUAACAGAGUCGUGUGGAGGGUUUUGGAUUGUGGUGGUGCUACCAAUUUUGCUCUAACUGGGUCGAUCUGAAAACUGAGACAAGACAAGCCUAUGUUAUGUAAUCAACUACUUCAUAUU